UUUUUGUUUGAAAUUCCGAAGUGAGAAAUCGAAUUUUAUACUAUUUUCUUGUCGUCACGGCAACACCGCUUCGUGGAUAUACAGAAUGCGCUUCUGUUCUUGGCCCGUCAGUCGUUUCUCUGUUGAUUUUCAUUCAUUUACACAUCGAACGUUUUGUAGUGUUGACUGAGCUGAAUCAGCUGUGAUAAACCGGUAAAGUUCUUUUACAGUUAUAUUCUGCGAAAAGUUCAUUUUUAUAUCACAAAUACCCGCCACCAACAUAUCAAAGAUGUCCUGCACAAUUCCCGCCGCCCCUGCACCUCCGUCCCUCAAGGACUUGCCCAAGGUCGCAGGCGAUUUCAAACACGAGCUGGAGGGAUUCAAAUCGAGCAAUCUGAAGAACGCCGACACGGUCGAGAAAGUGGUGUUGCCCUCUGCGGAAGAUGUGGCUGCCGAGAAAACCGAAAAAGCCCUUAUCGAAGGAAUUGAACGUUUCGAUACUAGCAAAUUGAAGCACACCUUGACUCAAGAGAAAAACCCACUACCAGACAAAGAAGUUGUACAGCAAGAAAAAACACACCAAACCCUUCUGAAUGGUGUCGCACAAUUCGACAAAACCACCAUGAAGCAUGCUCAAACAACGGAAAAAGUUGUAUUACCAGACCAACAAGUCAUUGAACAGGAAAAAGGUCAAAGACAACUAAUCUCAGGCAUUGAGAAUUUCGACAAUACCAAACUGAAACACGCCGAAACCCAAGAAAAAAACCCUCUGCCCACCAAGGAAACCAUCGACCAAGAAAAGAGUGCUUAAAAAUAUAUAUAUGCUUGUCAUCUUUGGGGCUCAAUCCAAUGCCAAGUCUUGUAUUAUUUUAUACUUUUAUAUAUUUGAUAAACUAUUUAUAUUGUAAGAUGACUAUUGAUAGGGGAGGAGUGUUAAAAGUUUUCCCUUCAAGAAAGAUGUUAGAUGGAAACAGGGCAUGAUUUUUUUCCUCAUGUGCUCCUGUAAUCAUUUGUACUUAUUUUGUAUUACAUCUUUGGAUAUGUCUAGUGUAUGACUGAAUUAAUUUUGCAUGAAUUAUGGUGCUUCAUUAAAUUAUAUAUGAAAUCAUUAUCAGGUGCUUCAUUUAUUUUCUUCUUUCUUGAUAAAAU